AUGACGCGCCCUUCGACUGCACACAGUUCGAACUCGUACGAGUCUUCGUCUUCUUCCACUAUUUGCACACCCACAUCCACAUGUGGACCUGGAGCCCGCAAGAUCCAUUUCAACCCACAUUUGGACUGGGACUUCAUCGCUGCAACCGACAGCGAGACCGUCGAUCUCGACCUUCUCCUACCUCAUUAUCGCGCCAAGAACCAACCGCACGCGCAUCGGCUGUCGAUGUACGUUCACAGCCAGCACGGUGAUGUCAAGACCAAAGUGUGUCGCACCUCCCGCGCUGCGCCGUUUUUGCUUUCCGUGCACGCGCCCAGUGGCGCUCCCGUCACGUUGUAUUUGCCCUCCGACUUUGCCGGUACCAUUCGCCUGCCGGAGCGGCCGGCGAAACUUGCGCUGUCUGCGGGUUUCACGAACGCGAUUCAGCCGCGCAUUAGGUUCUCUGGUGCGCCGCGGCGAGAGGACGAUGAGGCGUAUGAUAUGGACGAGGUUGAAAUCUAUGCGCCGGGCCCGGUAACGCUGAGGAUGUGGGACGUUUGCGAGGGCACGCCGGAGCGUGCUGCGCGCGAGACGUGGAGGAAGCUGUGCCGCGCGGCCAGCAAGCGCGAUCUCCAGCGCGCGGGCGAUUGGGACUUCCUCCUCGACGAUUAG